UUCUGGUUUCGCUUCCGCUAGCUUGACGCCGCUGUGUUUAUGCAACAGCCUUGGAGCCCAGCCGCAGUGUUAUAAAAUUGAGCUUUGGCGGUCCUCUGUGGAACCGCAGAAAAUUUCCAUCAUGCAGUUGGAGGCUCAGCUGCGACUAUGUCAAAGUUGUCUUUGGUGCUGCAGGAGUGGACUGCGUCUGCUCUCACAGAGCUAUGCACACAGAAAAGCUGUGAACUACUACGAUCUCCUGGGAAUCAAAUCAGAUGCCACCUUGGAGGAAAUUAAAAGAGCAUUUUUUGACAAAUCUAAGAAGCUGCACCCAGACAGUGACCUGUCAAACCCAGCGCUGCACAGCCAGUUUGUGGAGCUGAACGAGGCUUACCGAGUGCUGAGCAAAGAGCUGAGCAGGAAGGAGUACGACUUCAAAAUCAGACACAGAUAUACUGGGGGCCAGGCCUUCAGAUCUACCUCCAGUCACACCAUCUACAGAGCUAGUAAGGACACCCAGGACAACAGUCAUUACUGGGAGCAGUUUCAUCAUACCGCUGAGAUGACGCCAGAGGAGAGGCAGAGGAGGAGGAGGAGGAAUUUACGCCUGGUGGGCUAUUGUGUCAUUACUAUGGUGCUCAGCUUAGGAGCCCACAUAGUCUUCUUCAGUAAAUUGGAAGACAUUCACACUAACUUCAUGGACGAGAAAGAUAGAGUCAUCACAGAAAUUUAUAAUGACUCCAAAGAGAGGGCCAGGAUCAACGGUUUUAAGAAACAGACAGAAAUCCUCCGGCACAAACACGCUGAGUUCCUGGAGAAAUACAGAAACCAAAAGAGUGGAGAGGCAAAGUAGGAGAGUCUCCAGCUGUGCUCUGUGAUGAUGGAGUUUCAACUGUCAGCAGGUUGAAGGUGGCAGACUGAAUGUGGUCCUGGUUUUAGGAUUUUAAAGUUUUUCUGGCCUAUUUAAACACGGUAAAGUACCCAGGUUUGUCUCUGCAUGUGAUAAUGAGGAAUUGAAGACACAAGAACAUGGGUGUGAUGUGGGUGGGUUUCAUUUGGUCACAAAGGUAUGAAUUCCUGCCCAAGCUGAGCUGUACAUUAUCUUGGACUGAACCAUUUAUAAUUGGUAGCAUCUUCGCAUCGAUCGGACUGUCGGAAGAAUGUUCUCAGACCUUUUCCACUGUUUGUCCAAAGGAGCCACAAUGAACCCUGUCAAACUGCCUCUAAUGAACUCACAGGAACAUGUUAGUUAUUGUCCUGGGCCUCAUUUCUGUGUUAGUGGUACACAGCAUGCAGGGCUCACAGAUAACAACAGUGAAUUACUGGCACAUGACAGCGGAUGUGUUAAUCAAGUCAUGAUUUUAAUGCCAAUACAUUUCUUGGUGCUUAAAGAAACUGAUAUUAAUUAAAAUCAUAUCUUGGGUUGCACUCAAGAGGACACGGUUUAAUUUUCUGUGUGGUUUUAUAAGCCUCACUCUGUUGAGGUGGACAGUUGCGAAGGGUGCAGCAUAACACAUGCAACGUAUUUUCAGCAUUAAUCUUUUUCCAGGUUGCCUGGUGGACACAUUACAUGGGUGUAUUUAAUACUCCCAAAUCUUGAAUUUUGGGACCUUGCUGCCUAUCCCCUCUUCUCUACUUCCAGUCAGUCCAUAACAUAAUUAUACAUUUGUUUGAGAAAGAAAGUAUAGUAAUUAUCAAUAUUUUGAUUCGAACUGAUUAACACAUUUAUUUAUAGUCAAACAAUAAUAGUAAUAACAAUAAUAUUGAGACUGAAAAUGUGCAAAUUGCAUGGAAAGAUGGUUAUUAAAUAUGGGUGAAAAUUGACUGGUUGUUUCAACAAUUACCAUUUUGCCUUUCCGUUUUUAGAUAUAAGAGGGUGGUGUUUUUCUGUUUUUGACUGCCUUAUCUGUUCCCUGGAGGGAUAUCAGUGAGAAAUUAUUAAAAUAUCAACCUUUUCUCAUCAGUCAUUACUUCAUGUUUGUUUUUUUCUCACUCUCACAUGCUUUGGUUUUGUGAUAUGGAAAAGUCUGCAGACGCUGCAUUUCAAACUUUGUGUUCUUUGCUUAUAUCUUUUUAUAUUUCCCUUCAAUAAAUUUUAGAUUGUUUUGGAGAAUUAACAAGAGGCUUUAACAUCCAUCUGUAAACAGGUCUUUUAAUGAGCAACUACACAGAAGAGAGAAUUAUUUAUCUGCUUUGCUUUAGAAUUCAGAAGUUUAUUUUCCAUUACC